AUGAACCAAAUUCCUGAUCCUGGACCCUGCCACGUCCAUAACAGAAUGCGACUGAGGAAGCCACAUCUUAAAGACAACCUCCCAACCCGGUUAUGUCUUCUGUGUAAUCGGCCGUUCUGUGUCGACCACAAAGGGAAGGAGGACAGCGUUUGUGAGAUCAAUCAUGAAACAUACUAUCGCAACCACCCGGCGGCGCAGGAGUACUUGUAUCGGACGUAUGAGGACUGGAAGAAGGAUAGUGAGCAGCUGAUGGUUGAUGAGAUGUCGGGGAAUGAGGGAUAG